UUAUAUGCUAUAAAUAGCAUAUGAAGUACUAUCCAAGAUGGCGCACUGGUUUCACAGAAACCCCAUCAAGGCAUCAGCUCCUGUGUCGUUUGAAUCCAUCAGGAAUAUUGCCACUAAUCCUUCUGCUUCUAAGAUAUUAGCAGACCUGAGGCAAAGCCGUUCCAGACUGCUAAGUCUAUUAACAGAUCCUGCAAAUGAAACAACAUCAAUACAAAAUGCAUAUGAAAUGUAUUUUUCAUUGCUUGUUGGGCUCGUUAAUGACCCAGGAGGAGCUGGUGAUAGCAAGCUGCGCAAACUUAUUGUGUUCAAGUGGACCAACUCAAUAUGUGGAAACACCCCAACGUGUGAAGCUGAUUCUGUUUUUGAAUUGAUGUCUAUGUGCAUGAACAUUGCAAUGUGGUAUACCAAACAUGCUGCCAAAGUAGCUGCCAAGGAAGAUAUCUCCAUGGAGGAAGCAAAAGAAGUCCACUCAUGCCUCCGAACAGCAGGUGGUCUCUUUCAGUUUGUAAAGGAUAGUCUAUUGCCUCGGCUUGGAAACACCUCUGCAGAGAAAGGAGCAGAUGUUGAUACCCGUGUCAUUGAGGCUUAUCGAAUGCAGUGUGUUGCAGAGGCUCAAGAGGUCACUGUGGCUCGAGCUGUUGAACUAAAACACAAAGCAUCUCUUAUAUCAUCACUGGCAAAUGAAACGGCUAGUCUUUUUACAUCUGCAGGGGAUUCUUUGAAGUCAGUUGAACCAUCAAAAGCUGGCAAAUGGAGAAAAUAUCUUGAGCUGAAGGCAUCAUUUUAUCUGGCUUAUGCCCGCUGUUUUCAAGGAGAGUUACUUCUAGAGGCUGAAGAGUGUGGCAAUGCUAUUAAAGCCCUCCAAGAGAGUCAAAAGUCAUAUGAGAAAGCUGAGACACUAUGCAAAGAGUAUGCUUCAAUCAAGGGACCAGGAACAACUGCAAGGCCCCAAGAACACCCUUUCUUUAAGCGAAUUGGACCACUCAUGCGAACUAGGCUUGAAAAAGCAACCAGGGAAAAUGGCUUUAUUUACUUUCACAAGAUUCCAGCAGAACCUCCCGAGCUUGAAAUGAAGGCUACUUUUGGCCUGGCCAGCCCACAAGAAUUUAACCUUCCAGCACCGUUCUCAUUAUGGACAGAUGCCUAUGCGGGAUUUGAUGUAUCUAAGGCUCAGCCUCCCAAGUCCACUGCUGGUGCAGGAGAAGACAUCAAACCUGUACAUGAAGCAGACGACAAGGGUCCUGUAAAGCCAGCCAAGAACAGUUCUGGUUGUGUUGUUCAAUAGUAACAAUGAGAAUGCAAGCAUCCAUUUUAACAUGCAAAACACUUGCUGUUCGUGUUCAAAACACUCUUUAAACAAGCUAUAGAUUAAAUCUAAAUUUAAUCCAUUGACACGAAAAUAUGAGUGGAAAAAACAUAAGGUUUAAAAUAAUUUAACAAUCGAAAGUGCGAAACGUGCGGAGGGACUGUACUAACAUGUCUUAAUCCCUUAUAUUUGGUGAACCUGGUAAUAAAAGACAUAUAUCUAGCAUCGGGACCAUCCUGCCUUCGUGAAGGACCAUAGGAAGGUAAUAGGUCAGUGGUUGCACGAACAGCCAUUUUAAAGACGGUAAUUAUUUAGAUUAAUUGAACUUGUAUUUUACUUACAAUUGUAUUAAAUUGCCUCCUUUGCAAGUACCUGUGCCCCCAAAAUCUGAUAUUUGCUAACUCAGUAAUUAUGGAGCGAGAGUUCAUGGUAGCAACAUAGCCACUCAAUCACCGUAGCAGCAGUUUUCCCGCUGAAAUUAUACAUCUUGUCCCAUGAAACAAGAAUACUACAAUUAACCCGUUCGCGUAAGCGAAUUAUAGCCUAACGUUCCUCAAGUUUGCGGGACAUACAGUAGCAACGGUAGCUAAGGCGUGCCAGAAUCAUGCAGAUGUACGAGAAGAGAAGUAUACCUAGUACAUAACAUCGCAUUCAAAAAAACACUUAGUCCUAGCGAUGCCUGUAAAUUGAAGAUCUUUCUUGAUGAGACAAAAGUCAUUGAUUGAAGCGAAAACAUCCAUGCUCCCGAAACUGAACCCACAAACUGUCAGAUCAAUUUAUGUCGAAUAUUCUAGCCGCCCACGUGAUAGCUUAAAGGAAAGAUCAUUUCGCUAGCCCGUCAGUUAGGUUAGUUAAUUUUUCGUUUGUUAAUGGACUACUUCAACGAUAUGGCGACCAUCUUGGUUUGCAAGACAUUAUGUGGCCACCAGAGGGCAAAUAAAGCAUCAUUGUUACAGCGAUGAUGUCGAUUGAGAUUAACAGCUCAACAAGAGAAUACAACAAAAGAUAAUAAUAAUGAUUAUAACUUUAUGCUUAUAUAGUGCCAUUUCCAUUUCUGUCCAAUGGCGCUUUACAAAUUACAAUUAAACACUAAAAAUAUGUGGUAAAAUAAUGAAGAAUUAUAUCAAAAUGUUAAAAUAUAUAUAUACAUUAAAAUUUAUUUUCCAAGUUAGACCCAGCCUUUACACCGAGAACCACAUACGCCGAAUCCAACGCAAACGAGCGACGAUUUGAGUUCAUUUGCAUUGGAUCCGGCACAUGCGGAACGCGUUGCCCAGGCCAGGCCUUAAUAACAUGAUAUUAAAAUGUAAUUUAUACUAAUUGAUAUUAAAAGAAAUAAAAGAUGGAAAAGGA